CAGCGAUCCUAUCGCCCUGCUGUGCUAUCUGUGUUAUAGCACAUCCUGGUGAGCAGUGCGCAGUGGUUACACGUGACCAGCCCAGCUCUCGGCGAGCAAAAUCAGCGCUGCCAGCUGCUGCACUGCAACUCAUGCAGCGCUGCGCGCUGUGCGCGCGCGGACUAGGGCUCACAAGCGCUGCGGAUGGCAGUAUGCGGAUGCUGCGUUGAUUUCUGAUUGAAAAAUGUAUUCCCUGCGCGUCUCGUUGGUCUUGGCGUGCAUGGUCAUCACCGGCGCCAGCCGCAGUGUAGCCGUGAAGCUGUUCUAUGAUCUGGGCUUCCGGAAUCCGCUGUUCGUCACGCUACUCUACUUGACGGGUCAGGGUCUGUCCCUGGUCGUGUACCUGGUCUCUCGACGGUCGUCGCCGCCGCCCGCGCGACGACGGCCGCGCUACAAAAAAGUCUCGAUCGAGCUCCCGACGCGAAACGUGGUCCCGAAUCCUAUGCACGCGGACGACGAGUGCCCCGGCGCCAUGGAGGACGAGGUGAAGGCGCCUGUAGUAGAAGCCAAGGACGAAGAGAAAACACCAGAGAGACGUCGAAGCGGGUCGCCCACGGGUCUGACCACCGAGUCGCACAACGCGGCGACGGUGACGUGGGUCCACGCGAUACCCUGGUACCUCAAACCCGUCGUUCCGGGCUUCUUCAACCUCUGCAAUUCGGCCAUGCGCUGGGGCUCGCUCAUCUACGUCGCCGCAUCGAUGGCCGAGAUGCUCAUCAGCGGUCUCGAACUGCUCCUGAGCGUCGUCGCGGCGCGCUGCAUCCGCAAGCGGCGCAUUUCCUGGUCGCGCUGGGUCGGUGUAGUUGUGGUGGCUCUUGGCUUGGUCCUGGUGCGGCUCGCGAAUCGUAAUUCUGCUAAAGAAGAAAAGGGUCGCCACGCGUGGAUCGGCGACGUCCUUAUCGUCGGCCAAUGCGUCAUGUCGGUGAUUCAGGACAUGUCAGAGGCAGUGUGGAAAUCAAUCUCCUCGUCAUCGAGCAGACGCAGUCACGGGAACGACAUUGCGUCGAUGGCGUGGCGCCUGAAAUUUAAUUUCCACACAGGACCGAGGAGCUCUUCAUGCACGAGGCCGCGUUCCCCGCGACGCUGCUGUUGGGCAUGGAAGGUUUGUUCGGGCUCCUCUUCGGCGUGCCGCUGUACUUGCUUUUCGCGCGUCGCUUCGGCGAGUCGCCGUCCGCCACGAGGGACGCGAUCGCGGCGUCGCCGUCGAAGGCGGGAGCCAUGGUCGGGCUCACGUUGCUGUUCACGCUCACGGGCGUCUUCAACAUCAUGGCGACGAGCGUCACCUCGUCCAUGACGCGCAACGUCUGGAAGAACUUUCGAACGGUGUUGGUCUGGGCCUUCGGUCUGAUAUUGUUCUACGCGACCCGGGACGACGACCUCGGCGAGAAGUGGAUCUUCCCGAAUUCCGUCUUCGUACUGUGUGCGUUCUGUGUUAUGCUGUCGGGCGCGUAUGUCUAUUAUACGCGGACAUAAGUGGCCGUGGCGGCUCUGACGAGUGGCCGCCGGGCUGGCUGCGGACGCGCGCGGCGACGGCGGCGGCGAAGAGAUGAGCUGCGGUGGGAAUGUAGAUGUGUUGAUA